GCUCCAUGGCCUAUUUGAAAAGCAGUGAUUCCAAACUGCAAUGGAAUGGUAUCAAGGUAAUGGCAUCUUCCAUUGUAGGAGACCUUGCAAAAGUUCGAAAUGAAUCCACAGUUCAUGAGAAACAAACAAUGAAAGAAGAAGCCUAUCCUGAAGAAACAGCGAUACUUGCAAAAGCCCCAGAUGUGCCACCUCCAAUUACAAGAAACUAUCCUGUGAAGUUGUUAGUUAACUUGGAAGUUAUCGUAAAGGAAUUACCCAUUGAUGACAGUUAUACCUAUGAAUAUUGGACUUUCCAAGAAAGUGUUCCAGGUCCUAUGAUACGAGCAAGAGUAGGAGAUAUAAUGCAAGUAAAGUUAGUGAAUAGAGACCAAAGUGGUAUGAUGCAUAACCUCGACUUUCAUGCUGUAUUGGGACCUGGCGGAGGUGCACCAUUACUUAACUGUGGAAAAGACGAAACAAAAGUGGCUCAAUUUAGAUUAACCUAUCCUGGUUUAUACAUUUAUCACUGUGCAGUUGAUCCAGUUAGUGUUCAUAUUAGUAAUGGAAUGUUUGGCUUACUCCUAGUCGAGCCAGACAAGGGACUGCAAGCAGUAGAUAAAGAAUAUUAUCUCAUGCAAGCGGAGGUUUAUACUGAAGAUAAUCCGAUUACAGUUGAUUCUAGAUGUCUCCCACAGUCCAUAGAUAAACUGAUGGAUGAACGACCAAACUAUGUCGUAUUCAAUGGAAGGCAGGGUUCUCAUUUGGAAAACAAUCCAUUUAAAGCCAAAGUUGGAGAUAGAGUUCGUUUCUAUGUUGGCAACGCUGGACCAGCUCUGGUAUCUUCUUUUCAUAUUAUUGGUACUAUCUUUGAUAAAGUUUGGAAGGAUGGAAGCCUUUUGAACCAACCUCAGUUAGGUUUGCAGACAGUGAUGAUUCCUAGUGGCUCCUCAGCUGUAGUCGAAUUGGAUGCAGUUGUUCCUGGUAACUUCACACUAGUAGAUCACUCCAUUACAAGAAUUGAGAAGGGCUGUGUUGCUUUUCUCCAGGUUGUGGGAGAAACAAAAGAUCCUUACCUCUAUUGUUCAGAAGAGGGCCCUUCUCCUUGUCCUGGCUGUAAGAUUCAUCCUUAAAGAAACGACUGUUUCUUAAUGCUUAUAUAUAUAUAUAUAUAUAUAUAUAUAUAUAUAUAUAUAUAUAAGCAACGUUUUAUAGUUUGUUGCAUAUGUUCAAAAGAUUGAUAAAACUCUAUAGUUUCUG